CCUGAUCCCACAGCCUCACCGAAUCCACUGCCAGACUCAGUGUGUCAGGCAGGAAUGAAGCAGUCAGUUCUUACCCUCAUGGCUGUGGCUGUGUGUGUGGCUCUUCGAACCUCAGAAGCCAUACUUCCCAUAGCUUCCAGCUGUUGCACUGAAGUCUCUCAUCAUAUUUCCAGAAGGCUUCUGGAAAGAGUGAAUUCAUGCAGCAUCCAGAGAGCUGACGGGGACUGUGACUUGGCUGCUGUCAUCCUUCAUGUUAAACGCAGAAGAAUCUGCAUCAGCCCGCACAAUCAUACUUUGAAGCAGUGGAUGAGAGCCUCAGAGGUAAAGAAGAAUGGCAAAGCAAACCUCUGCCAAAAUAAAAAACAGCACAGCAGGAAGGACAGAAAAGGACACACUCUGGGAAAGCAUGGACCACAUGUCCACAAAACUCCUCGUUAGAAUAGAUGUGUGAACCUACAGUGAUAACUCAAGGGAACUGGCCCAUAUUUGGUUAUAAAUCUGUCAACUGAAUCUUCCUUAUUGACAUCCAAUAGUAUUUUAUUUUGUCAAUGGAUAAUUACAUCUAAGGGUAUAAAUUCAGUGGUAAAGCA